AUGACUGUUUCAUCAUUUUUAAAUCAAAUUUUAAAAAAUUCUUCUGAUAUUCAAAAUAUUAAUUCUGCAACUGUUUUGAUAAAAAAUAUUAAAACUGUUCAAAAGAAAUUGGAAAUAUUAACUACUAGUGGAAAAGAUAAAUUAGAGAUUAUUACAGAUUUUGAUCGUACACUAUCAAAGUAUAGUCAAAAUGGUGAACUUGUUCCAACUUCGUAUGGUAUUUUUGAAUCAGAUCCUGAAUUAACAGAAGAAACAAAAUCAAUGUAUUCGAAUCCCGGAAUGAAUUCACCAAAUUCAAAUGAAUCAAAAGAAUGA